AUGUCUGUGGUGGGCGACUUCUAUGACGAGUUUCUGCUGUACACGCAACAACGUUCGAGUGAAGUGCGCCUCACACACGCGGCGGAGGCCGCAAUGCUGCGCUGUCUCGAUGCAGAACGAGCCAGCGAGGCGCUCGAAGUGUACGAAGCUGUAUGUCGAUGUGGGGUUGUCGGAAUGUCGUCACGACCGCUUGCCCGCAGCAGCUGCCGUACGUCGCCAACCAGGACUGCGCCACACAUGUGUACGUCCUCGGCUACUAUCUCUUUAGACCAGCUGGCUCAGCGCGCGCUGGCGCACGUGCCGCACCGAAAGUUUCAGCAUUCGAUGCUGAGUCUUCUCAUGGCGGCGGAGCUCGACAAGCCUUCGCCUACCAUGGACUACGGCAAUAGCCGCAGGGCUGCAGGCUUGUCCAGCGGCAGCGGUGAUUUGAAGGCGUCAUCGGGCAAUGCGUAUGCGCCGCGAACAGCAGUGGCAGGUGAGAAAGGGGUGUCUGUAGAGGCCACAUUUCUUUCACACGCUGGGGAUCCCUCCGCCGCGGAGCAGGCGCGAAUUCGUGUUCAGCAGCGCCUCCACGCCCUCCACACAACACAGCAGCUUCGCCAACCGCUUGGCAAGGAGUAUUGCUUGGUGGAGAUGCUGCAGCUCUGCGCACCGUCUGCCGUCGGCGCACGUGCUUCCACAGCGGCUAGGAAAGUGACAGAUGAGAUUGAAGUCAGCCCUCUGCGCACCCUUUCGCACGUAGUCUUGCACCAUCCCUUCACCCACAUGCAGCCCUCGGCACCAUGGGCACAGAAAGAGAUGCACUGGGAAGAGAUCAGCUUGCGUGUGUGCGCGCAGGCCUUGACCCCUGCCAAUCUUGCCCGGCUCACUAAGAUCGAGGAUGCCGUUAGUCCGUACCGACUCUUCUGUAAGAGCUCGCUGAUGUUCCUCGCGCGGAUGGUCCCGAACUGGGAUGCGGUCCUGGUGCGCCGGGUUGCAGAGACGCUGGUGCUACCUGCCACCGCGCAUAGCGUUUUCCCCGAGUCAUACCGGCGGUUGCUUCCCACCGCAGCGCAACGUAGGCGUCCCUCGGAGACGGCAGCGCUGUCAACGCCAGGAGCCGCUUGCGGCCAACUCGCCACUCCUCGGUGCUGUACUUCGUGGACAGACUCAGCCACGCACAAGCUGUUUGGAGAGGAGAGUGGCGACAACCAUGCGUCACCACUGUUGCGAGUCGAGCAUCUUGUUAAGCGACGCGUACACCACGAUGUCGUCGUUCCUGACACCUCAUAUAUGCUGCGCCACUUUCAGCAGCUCAAACAACUGGCACGUCACCGCGAAGUCAUCGUAACGCAUAGUGUCUUUCUCGAUCUUGUGGCCGCCGCCUCGCUUCCCACUCACCCCACUCGCUUCCACGCGCGACGCGUGCUGCGAGACAUCAUGUACGCUACCACCACGGCCGUCACGGGCAAGCAGAGCAACGAGGCUGGUAGCAAGUGGGACGUGCGGAGCGUGGCGUCAGGGUCCCGCCGACGCGACCAGCUGCAGCAGAGCGGGUUCACCCUGCUGGGGCUCCAGGAUGAGCUGGCACUGCUCGAGCGCUGCCCAGAGCGCUUUUACUUGUCGGAGUUCUCAUCCGCGGCCUCGCUCUCGGACUGGGCCCUCAUGGGCCAGUGGAUCUCGCUCGACUCAGCUGCGCGCGUCAGCGAUGUCGAAUAUGGGAGCCAGUCCUGCGUAGCGCUAGUCGCGAAGCAGCUGGAGCGCAUGAUAGCGACGCACGACCGCGGCGAAGACUUCUUCGCAAACAGUACAGGUGCUCCCACUAGAACACACGUGGGGGUAGAUAGUCUUGUGCAGCACAUCUUGGAAAGCAACAGCAACGCCACUAGCCCAACGACGCCCUCGUCUCGGCAGACGACUGGCCCGCUCUUCAAGAACCGUUCCCGUGGUUUGUGGGCUCGCAUGCCGGUCGUGGUAGCCACGACGCACGACCGCACACGCGCGGCAGCCUUUACAGUAGGUAUCCGCAUGUACCCACCGGCCGGCCUGGUGCCAUGA